AUGCAUCCACCAAGAAGAGGAGGUUUCCCCGCAAGAGCUACUGCCGGACGAGGUGGACCCAGUUCCGUGAAGAACACAAACCCAUGUGCUCCACAGGGAUUUCCACUGCGAAGCCUUGAUGAGCUAUUACAAGCACCUGCACGAAGAAACCAGCCAACUCUCCACCCUGAGAAGAAAGAUGGUGCUCUUUGGAUAUCAAUUGACAAUGAGGUCAAGUAUGAUAUAAAGAGAGCCUUUUCCAACGAUUUUGAUGGAGCUUGGUGGAAUCUCAGUGAGGUUCCUCAAGACCAGCAAGACAAGUGGUGGUCAGACUUUGUGGUGGUCAAGCCACACAAAGGCAGGAUGUUUGGACUUGGAACAACACUAACGGAGAACUAUGAUCACAUUACUCCACCUGCUGUUGUUCUUACUCGCCAAGCUCAGUUAGAGCAGGAAGUGAUUAAUCUUACAGGAAUGGUCAAGUUGAUGAGCCAGCAGCUCACUGCUUUGUGUGAAGCUAGAGGAGUAACAGCCUCUGAUGCAACUACCAACCCUUUUCCAUCUUCACCUCCUACCACCAAUGAGCAAGGAAUCUAA